AUGGAUGAACAUAGUAACUUGAAAGAGCCAUUGCUGAACAAACAGCAUACUCAUUUAGAUUUCAAGGAAGAGGAGUAGAAAAUGUAAAAGCCUAAAUUUAAAAGCUAGCAGGACCUGCUUUUAUUAAACGCACAGCAAAAUUCAGUUUAAUUCUAAAAAGAUAAAGAUGAUAAAUAGCUUGAGUUCAGCGAUGAGAAUAAAGAUGAGUUAGAAAAGGAAGAAUAGAUUGAUCAGUAACCUAAAUUUUUACAUGAAGAUGACUAGCAUGAUGAAGAACUAUUGGAGGGAGAUGAAAAUAAAUUUAAAUUGAAGGAGUAUGAAAAUCUGCUUGUCAAAAAUCAGCCUUCACUCUAUGAAAACAAGAGACAUAUAAAAGAGUAUUACGGAGAACAUGUAGAAACUAAGAAGUAUACUUCCUUUACUGCUUGGACUCUUGUGUUUAUAGUGAUAGGAUUAUCAAUAAUUCCGCUAGAAAUAUUUCUAAGUGAGUUCAUUGCUAAAUUAGAGAAUAAACUUAUCAAGCAAAUGUAAACAUCAAUAAUCAAUGAACGAUAUUUAUUUGGUGACCUGACAGAAUGGUUUACAUAUUUCUGCUAGCUAGUUAUGAAUAUUAGUGAUGUUCCAAUGAUAAGAUAUAUCAUAUAUCUUCUCUACUUUACUGGUGAUUCUAUUUUAGCAACAAAAACAGGUUUAGUAGCAUUUUUUGGAGAAUUCAUAGUAGUCGUUGCUAAACUUGCAUACAAGGAACCUAGACCAUAUUGGACAGAUAAUGAUAUUCAAAGCUAUAAGUGUCAAAAUGAUUUUGAGGGACCCUCUGACCACAUAUUCAUAAUAGUAUUCCUAUGCACAUACAUUAACUUACUCUACCUCAGAAAGUACUCAAGACAUUCAAGAACAACAGAGAGCGUUUUAUUCCUAAUAUUCCAAUUUCUCGUAGUCUCAUUCACCAUAUUUUCUAGUAUGCUAUUAGGUCAUUCAUAUCUAUUUUAAUGUAUUGUUGGUGCCAUUUACGGGUUAUUUUUUGUCAUUUUAUGCUUGCAAAUGGACAAUGAGCUUCAUUAUUUUGUGGAGAAGUGUGCUUUUAUUCAAAAGAAAAGCAGAAAAUAUAAAUUUAACUUACUAUUCAUCAUCAUAGGUUUCCUUGUAGUAUCAGUUGUUUUCUACAACUUAGAUUUAGAGGAAUAGCAAACUCCUCCUAUUGAAUGGUACUCUAAUUCAAAGAAAAAAUGUGCAGGUUAAUUGCAUGAAUUCUAGGGUGGAUUCAUCGGGUUGAAGGAUACAUUUCUUGAUACAUCAGUGAUAAUGUGCAUUCCAGCCAUGAUUUUUGGAGUAUCGUUUGCCAUUUCUAUUGAUGAGGAAAAUUUGAGAUGGACAAAAACUAGUGCUCCUUUGACUGCUACUAGAGCAAUAAUAGGUUUAUUGACAACUGCUGGAGUUGAUUACAUGAUAAGAUUAGUGUUGAGUGAUAUAAGCAAUAAGCACACAUCUAUUUAUGUCCUUAAUAAUGCCAUUCCUUACAUUGUGACAACUUUUUAUGCUUUUGGUAUAUUCCCGUUAAUAGCUGAGGUGAUCAAUAUAUCAAGGACUAGUUAGCUGAAAGAAUUUGAAUUUGAAGAGUCCUCAAAAAAUACUGUGCAAGAUGAUGAGGAAGAUUCUAAUAUCCAUUAAAUAGCAUCUCGAUAUCAACCUGUCUAAAUAGUCAAUUUAGGGGAUAUUAAAAUAGAAAAUCUUGAGGAUCUAGAUAAAACCCUUACAGCAAAUCAACAGCAGAUUAGUUAGCUCUAACUAAGACAUAGUAUGUCAAGAUAGGAAAGCGCUAAAUUUGGGGAAUCACAAUCUCAAGUUAAUAAAUCUAGAUAACAGCAAUGA